ACGUACACAUUAAUUGUCUUAUCAGCUGCUCUUGAUUUACAUUCCGUUUACCAAUUUCACAACAAAUUUUUUAUUCAAAGAAAAUGCAAGCACCGCCGCCAGAGCACUGCCCCGGCGUUGAGAGCGAACAGGCCGGUUUGGUCAGCGCUUGUGCUGGCUGCCCCAACCAAAGAAUAUGCAGUGAUCCCAACAAAAAGCUGGAAGAUCCUGGCAAAGCGCUUGUUGCUGCUGCCAUGAAAGAUGUCAAGCACAAGCUUUUGAUACUCUCGGGCAAAGGAGGUGUGGGCAAAAGCACGGUGACCACGCUGCUGACACGUUACCUCGCGCGCAGCUACCCCGACAGUAAUUUCGGCGUACUUGAUAUAGACAUCUGUGGACCGUCGCAGCCGCGUCUUCUGGGCGCUGUUGGCGAGAAUGUACAUCAAUCUGGCUCUGGCUGGUCGCCGGUGGGCAUCGACGACAACGUGUGUCUCAUGUCCAUAGGCUUUCUACUCGGCUCUGUAGAUGACGCCAUCAUAUGGCGCGGGCCAAAGAAGAAUGGCAUGAUCCGACAGUUCUUAAGUGAAGUGGAUUGGGGAACUUUGGAUUUGCUGUUACUGGACACGCCCCCAGGCACAUCCGAUGAGCAUCUGUCCGUGGUCUCGUACCUCAGGGAUGACUCGGCGCCCGACUCACUGAAGGCAAUCAUUGUCACCACUCCACAGGAGGUGGCGCUGCUCGACGUGCGCAAGGAGAUCAACUUCUGCAAGAAACAGCGCAUCCCCAUUGUGGGCGUCGUCGAAAACAUGAGCAGCUUCCGUUGCGGCAAUUGUGGCAACAGCUCAGAGAUCUUUCCCGCCAAGACGGGCGGCGCAGCGGCCAUGUGCCAGGAGAUGGAUGUGCCCCUGCUAGGUUCGCUGCCGCUCGAUCCGCAAGUGACGCGCGCGUGUGAUUCUGGCGAAGACAUCACAGCUAUCAACAAUUCCACAACCGAAGCUCUGGCCACCAUCUGCAGCAAGAUUAUGGCUAGCCUUUAGAAAUGAAUUCAUGAUUUGUACUGUUUAUUAAAGUUAUGUGUAAAGAUA